GCGAAAUCGAAAACGGUCACACCAAAACAGAAAUUUUUUAAUGCAAAAAUUCGGUUUAUUUAUAACGAAAAACCAAUGAUGCUGUAAUUUUGGGACCCCCAGGCAGUAAAUCAAGGGAGACGGAGUUCGAUGAGCACCACAGACGCCACUAGCCAGCCGAUGAGGAGGCACUAGGAGGCAGGAUACAGCCGCUUUUCGGCCGGAACGUGGUCCCUUUUUCCGGAGUCGAGGCAGUAGGAAGAAUAAAUUAAGUCUGAUUUUUAGCGAUUUGAAUAUGGAGACUGAGUACCAGAACUACGUGGAGUCGCUGUCGGGCGUGUCCUCGGACGAGGAUGACUUUUCCACGGUUGACAGCUCCGACGAGUCCUCGGAGGAGCCAGCUCCCACGCCAUCAUCCGGCCCAAGGACACGGAAUCUGGUGCAGAUGCUCUACGACAGGGAGCGCACUGGAUUCUUCUCAGGCUCCUCGCGGGCUGGCCAAAAGCAACAGCUUCCUUAUGACAGAGUGCCAAAUCGGUUGAAACUAUACCUCAAGGAUGUGCUGGCCAGCAGUUUGAUGGAGGGGCACAUUUUCAUGGGACUUACAUCCUGCGGCCAGUACAUGCUCAGCCAUCGAGUGGUGUGCAACGACAGCUCCUCGCUUAAUCACUACUCCUUCAACAUGGGCUACAAGUACACUCUGUACUUCUGGCUGUUCCAACCGCACAAAAGGCUGCGCCACUUUUUCUCGCGUCGCCUCUUCGACGACCAUAUGGUGGACAACAUUAAGACUGUUAGUAUGACGCAGUGGAAGAACUCGCAGCACCAGAUCCUAGUCGUCCAUGGGGCUGCCAUGGAGGAGGGCGAGGAUAGCUAUAUCACAUAUAUUAAAGUUCCUAAACUGGGUUGUUUGGAGUGCAAGAAACUCAACGACGACGGUCCAUAUUCCUUUUACAAUGCACACUGCCUGAACUGCCACUUGACUGUGCACACCAAAUACUCCUCGAGUGAAACGGAUCCGAAAUUCGAGCCGAAAAUCAAUCUGCUCUGUCCGGAACGCAUUCUGAUCAUCUCCAACGGAUUUAUGCACAUGCUGCGCAUCGAUGUUGACACAUCGGCCGUGAGCCCGGGCAGCAAUUACCUGCCCCAGCAGAACCUCAUCCUGCCCAGUCUUCAGGCGCAGCAGCAGUCGCAAUCGUUUUUGCUUCCCAAAGCUCUGUUGGCCAGCGAAGAGGAUCGCUCCUCGGCUGCUUUUACAGCCUCCGGAUCGGAGGCGGAGUCGGCCAACGAGCAGAGUGUCGUGGCUCGGAUCAUAGCCGACUUCAGUGACAUCGAAUCCGAGCAGAUCCAACGCUCAGGUCAUCCCUCUAACAACAACAACAACAACAAUGAGCUGCAAGCUGCGGCUAGUGUCUGCUGUUCGCCAAAGGCUUAUGAGAGACUCAUUUUCACGCCACACUGCAGUCCUACUGUGGUUACUAGCUUGAAUAGUAUGACUCUGCCGGAGACUACGCUGCCAGUAACCAAGCCUCUGGCCAACGAAGCUAGUCCACCACGGAGGCGCAAUCAGCGUAUAGUCACCAAGUUCCGCAAUGGCAUCACUACUAUAGACCUGCAGAGCUCGCCCAGUUCCAGUUCCAUGACGGACAAAUCAAAUGCUUAUGAGUUCUCAGAGGAUAAUGAGAAGUACGAGAAGAUCUCCACGUUCCGCAAGCGACGUCUGGCGGAGAAGAAGUACGAGUUCUCGGAGGACAACUCGGAAAACAUCAUACCCUUUACCAAAGUGCGAAUGGCAGGUCGUGCCUUCAAUGCCUCGACCGCCAGCUCCUCGGCUCGCAGCUUCCAUCGCUUUUCGCCCACGGCGCACUUCUUUCACAACUCGCCGUGCGCCUCACCGUCGUCUUCGCCCCAUCCCUCUCAAACGCCGCCGCAUCUGGGCUUCCGUUCGCCCCCUUCAAGCUCCAUGCUAAUGCGUUCGCCCAGCCGGAAUGCCAAUUCGGGUCAGCUCUUCAAUCAGAAAUCACCGCCAUUGUCACAAGCCACCCAGCAAAUGCUCAGUUACAAGCCAGUUGGUCCGCUGGGCGCUCUCUCCCCGCUGCAAGUGUCCUUGGCCAAGCGGUUCGAGAUCGGCGGUUCCAUGUCCCCAAAUGCUGGACUGUCAUUUCUUUCGCCCCGACGCGAUGAGCCGCGGAUUGUGGAGAUGCCAGUGCAGGGCGGUGUGAUGCCGGAGAAACCGGUGUGCACCAAGAAGCUGAGAAGACGCUAUGUGGAGGAGGACGAUGCAACCUCUGUCAUCACCAGCGAAGAGGAUGACUGCAUAUCGCCUGGCUACCACACCUCGCUGCCAAUGGAGGUGCACGGCUCCUGCUACUCGGAGAUGCAGAUGAUCUCACAGGCCUCGUAUCAGCGGCUGCGCUGCAGCAGCGUGGUCAUAACCCAGCACUCGUUCGACCUGGAAACCUUCACUUACUACGUGAUCAGUCUGCUGUGCCAAAAGCACCAGAAGAUCUACAACGUCUUCUACGACUGGGCAUACGAAGUGAUCAGCGUGUGCCCACUGAGUCAGACAAUCGGGUGCAUGCUGAUGGCCCAGUUCUCGGCGCGGGAUCAGCCGCUGGCCAUCUGCCUGCACUGCACCGGACGGAUGGACUGUGCGUUCCACAAAAGGCAGUACGAGUGUCGCAUCCUGUUCACCUGGAACAUGGAGAGCGGCCAGUGGCAGGUGCUAGACUAUGGCGAGCUGAAGGAGGUGCACGAGCAGUUCAGUGCGCUGAAGCGACCGGGCAAGGCUCGGCUCACGUUCGCCCAGACGGCAAGGAAGAUGGGCCAGGAAAUGGCUGACGGCUUGCGGCUCAGCUUGCCCGACUAUACCUCAAACCUGCGCGUGCACAACUCGGAUAUACGGAAGUCAAAGAUAUACAUAAGCGAUCUCGACAACAUGGUGGAGUUCCACUUGAAACGCACCCACCAUGAGACGCCUUAAACACAUUGAUAACUGGUAACUAAUAAUAGGAACUGUUCUGUUAUAGUAAAAGCUUGAGAAUUUAUAUUUUACUGAUUAAAUCAAUGUGUAAUUUGAUCAUUUACAUAAUUGAUAUUUCGAUAAAGAGAUAUAAAAUUUGACAGCUUUUACGUAAGGGACAGUCAAUUAUUUGACCAGUGUAAUUAGUUCGUUAAACUCGCUAUGGUUGCGUGAAUCUAGUUCAGUUCUAAACACAAAAACGUGUGCUGUAUUUAGUUUUUAGUUACCUUUACCUUACUUAGUGCAACGAAACGCUUUUUCAAAAGGUUGAAACGCGUCCUAAUUUCGACUGAAGUCAUUUAAGUAAUCUAAAAUUUAGUUUUAAGACCGGGAGCUCGACUCUCGCCCCGCUCAUACUUACACACACAAUACGGUACUUUUGAUAUUCGAGACAUCGAUUCAACUAUUAACUAUAAUAUAACUAUAACUAUAUUAGAUAGUUAGCAACACCUUUCGAACUGCGGUACUAGUAAUUAAAGUAUCGAUUUAGUUAGUGGCAAACCCCGUCCAAGGGGAAAAUAUACAAUUGUAAUCAAACAUGAAAAA